AUGAAAUGGAUCUCCGCUAUACCUCGUAAAAAUUGGUCACCUUCCCAAAAUUCAGCUGUUUGUUCAGUUCAUUUCCAAGAGAAUGAAAUAAUUAGAUACGAUGUAUUCAAACGUAAAGAUGGCACGAUUGGAAAGAACCUCCUCAGAUAUCCAAAAUUAAAUAAAAAUGCAGUUCCAUCAAUUUUUCCAAAUUUGCCUGGAUAUCUUUCUAAACCUUCUGUUUCUGCAAGAAAAACUCCCGAUGAAAGGCGUCAAAAUUAUAUUGAUUCACAUAAUGAAAUUAUUCACCAAUUAGAGACUGCAGACAUUAUUCAAAAUUUCGAUCAAUUGUUAAAUGAAUAUUCUAAUAAAUUAGAACUUGUUAAUUGGAUAGUUCACAAAGCGGAAAAUAAAAUUUAUUUCUAUCAGUUGAAAGUUCAGGAAAAUCAGGAUUCGCUUCUGCUUGAAACUCAAAUUUCAAUUAAUGAGAAUAUGGUUGUUCAAGUUUUUCUGGGUAAAAACAAGUUGAAUUUCAAUGAUUUGAAGUGGAUUCUUCCUUUCGAUUUGAAAUUGAGCAGAUGGUCACAAUUAGAGAACAUUUUGGCAAGAUACAAGGAAAACUUUAGAAGUGAUACCGACAUAUUUUUUGAAUCAUUUAAUUAUCUCAUGGAGAAAAGUUUAAAAUAUUUGGACCUAGCAUUAACUGUAUCGUGUGAAAAGAAUUUACCGCAUUCAAAAAAUCUCGAAAUUUUAAUCGAUCAGUUAAAACAAAUCACUCUAAAGAAAAAUAGAUAUUCUUCAUCGACCAUUAUUAUGGCUUUUCUGAUUCAUACAACUUCCCACUCCACGUAUGAACUUCUGAGAGGUUUUUUCAUGUUACCUAAUAAAAGAUAUUUACAGAGAAUAUCUUCUGGCCUUAAUGUUUCCCCAAAUAAUGAUAUCCAUAACAAUAAUUAUAUAUCAAAUAUAUUCUCAAAUUUAACGCCUAGGGAAAAAGUUGUUGUUCUUUUGAUAGACGAAAUUUAUAUAACUCCAAGAUUGGACUAUCGCUCCAAAAAUUUGAUUGGCUACGCUGCCAACAGAGAUAGUUUGGCAAAAACUGUUUUGGCAUUUAUGAUAUCUUCAGCUUUUGGGAAUUUUCAUGAAAUUGUAAAAUUAGUUUCAGUUGACAGUAUAAGCGGAAGUGAAAUUAUUCCAUUCGCAACUUGUGUAAUUGACCAAGUUCAGAAAUGUGGGUUUGAAAUUUUAUGCAUAAUAACAGAUAAUUGUAGAAUAAACCAAACAAUGUUUAAGAAAUUGUCCAAUUCAAAUUUUAUUCCCAAUCCUUCAAAAACUGGCAAAACUAUAUUCUUGUCUUAUGAUUUUGUUCAUGUUAUGAAAAAUAUUCGAAACAACUGGUUCAAUUUAAAAAAUUUAGAUAAAACAUUUGUUUAUCCUGACUUUGAAACAGGUCUUAUCAAAUAUGCCAAAUUAAGUGAUGUCAGAAAAGUUUACGAAGCUGAAAAAAAUUCAAUAAUUAAGAAAGCAUACAAAUUGAAUUUCAAAACUUUAUUCCCAAAUAGCUUCGAAAGGCAAAAAGUUUCACUAGUUGACAAUUUAUUUCACGAUACCACAAUAGCUGCUUUGAAAGAUUUUGGGUUUAACGACACUGCAGACUUCCUGCAGUUGAUAAGAAAUUGGUGGGAUAUUGUUAAUAAUACCAGUGUCAUAAAGGGGAUCGUUAGGAGAAAUGAAUUUUCUAAACCGAUUUCGAAUGAAGAUGAUGAUUAUAGAGUUAAGUUUUUGGAGAAAUUUGUUGUGUGGAUAAAUAAAUGGCAUGAUUUAGAUUCCAACGGUCAUCUCACAAAUGAUAAUUACAAGGCUUUCGUUCAGAGUACUGCUACACUUUUGGAUGUAAUUAGAUUGGGUAUUCCGGCAAUAUUAAUAUCAGAUAAUGGACCUCAGUUCGAUUGUCUGGAAUUUAAGAAUUUUGCUGAGGUAUAUGAUUUCACACAUAUAACUGCUAGUCCUAACUACCCUCAAUCAAACGGAAUGGUAAAGAGACAAAAAGAAACGGUGAAAAAAUUGUUUUACAAAGCUUUAGAUGAAAAACCAGAUUCAAACUUAGUUUUGCUUAUGUAUAGAAAUAGUCUUUUAGAAUGUGCAUUUUCACUAGCACAGUUAUUGAUGUCGCGCAAUUUGCGAGAUAUAUUACCGACUACUGACAACUAUCUGGAGCCUAAAUAUGUAAAGUUCAAAAAAUUUGAUGAUAAAAUAAAACUAGAUCAGCAGAAACAGAAAGUAAAUUAUGAUAAAAAGUGUAAAAUUCUAAAACCUAUUGAAGUCAAUGAAAAUGUCAGAUAUCAGGAUAAAUUUAAAACUAAAUGGCAGAUCAUAUAUCUUGCAGAAAUCAAAUGGUUCAACGAUUACUAG